CAAAGAUGGCUUAUCGACCAACAUUUUUCUUCACGUAGGAGCAACAUUGUGGAAGGAUAAGAGAUUACCUUGCACCAGAGAAGGCAGAGAGAGCAGGUGGUAGCUGUAGCGAGCGGUGUUAGCCCUCUCGUCGCGCUACGCACCGCUCGCUCUCCAGCUCGCAUUGUAAAUAUUAGCUAAGGCUAGCUUUCUUUCUGUUUGGUUGCUAAAAUGGCCACCAUGGAGAAACUCAUGAAGGCCUUUGAGUCUUUGAAGUCAUUCCAGCAGCAGCAGGGACCACCAACCGCCGAGGAGCUUGUCCAGAGGCAGAAAAAGGAACAGGCUACCACAAAGAAGGACAGGGUGACACAUUGCCUGACGAUCUGUGAAAACAUUGUGGCUCAGUCUCUGAGAACCUCUCCAGAGUUUCAGAAACUGCUGGGCAUCGCCAUGGAGAUGUUCCUGCUCUGCAGUGACGACAGUGAGUCAGACGUCCGGAUGGUAGCCGACGAGUGCCUCAACAAAAUCAUCAAAGCACUGAUGGAUUCCAACCUGCCUAGACUGCAACUGGAGCUGUACAAAGAAAUUAAAAAGAACGGUGCCUCUCGGAGUCUGAGGGCAGCUUUGUGGAGGUUUGCUGAGCUGGCCCACCUCAUCAGACCACAGAAAUGCAGGCCCUACCUGGUCAACCUGUUGCCGUGCCUCACCAGAAUCACCAAGCGGCAGGAGGAGAGCGUGCAGGAGACGCUGGCUGCAGCGAUGCCUAAGAUCAUGACAGCCUUGGGACACUUUGCUAAUGACGGCGAGAUCAAGGUGUUGUUGAAGUCAUUUGUGGCCAACAUGAAGUCCAGUUCCCCCACCAUCAGACGGACGGCAGCCAGCUCGGCCGUCAGUGUGUGCCAACACUCCAGACGCACCAGCUACUUCUACACCUGGCUUCUUAAUGUGCUGCUGGGUCUGGUGAUUCCAGUGGACGAGGAGCACCCCAGCCAUCUGAUCCUGGGGGUGCUGUUAACCCUCCGCUACCUGAUGCCUCUGCUGCAGCAGCAGGUCAACACCACCAGCCUCAAAGGAAGCUUCGGAGUGAUGAGGAAGGAAGCUGACGUACAGCCGUCACCUGAACAGCUGCUACAGGUGUACGAGCUGACCCUACACUACACACAGCACUGGGAUCACAAUGUGGUGACAGCAGCUCUGGAGCUCCUGCAGCAGAUUUUCAGAACUCCCCCGCCGCAUCUCCUGCACAUGCUUAUCACCGCCAGCAGCAUUGCACACGCCACCGUGUUUCGGCAGGACGCAGAUAGUCGCGCGCGAUCCGGCAGCAUCCUCGAGUUCAUCGGUAAAAUGCUUUCUGGAGAGGAGGAUGGGUUAGAGGAUGACCCUGAGAGGACUGAGGUCCCCACUGGUGCCUUCACAGCAUCGGUCGUCGGCGCGGACGGCUCCUCCACAGCCCAGGUGGACAUCAUCACUGAGCAGCCGCGAUCCUCCCAACACACCCUGCAGCCCGGCGACUCGGUGGACCUGAGCGCCUCCCCAGAGCAGGGCGGAGGCGGGACUUCUGCGUCAGACACUCCCGAAUCUCCCAAUGACAACGAGGAGGAAAUGCUGAGUCAGAGCUCCAGUGGCGGGGCCAACAUCACUCCAGAGACAGCUGACUACACCACGCCUGAGAACGCCACGCCGGAAGGAGGGCCUUUAGGAGAGAGCGGGACACUGCUCGCCGCUAACGAUCGCUCGCUCCCGCCCAGUGACUCCUCCCAGACCACCACAGAGGGGCCGGACUCAGCCGUCACUCCCUCGGAUGUAGCAGAGCUGGUGCUGGACGGCAGUGAGAGUCAGUACUCUGGGAUGCAGAUUGGAACACUACAGGAUGAAGAAGAUGAAGGAACAGCACCUUCCUCCCAAGAAGAACCCACAGAACCAUUCUUACAGUCGGCACUGGCUCUGAGCAAACCUCAUCUCUUCGAAGGUCGAGGUCACAACCGGCAGGGUUCAGACAGCAGUGUGGACCGCUUCAUACCAAAGGAUGAACCCGCUGAACCUGAACCGGAAAACAAGCCAUCACGUAUAAAGGGUCCAAUUGGACACUAUACAGACCAGGGGGUGGAGCCACUGGUGCACUGCGUACGGCUUCUUGCUGCUUCCUUCCUGCUGACUGGACAGAAGAAUGGUCUGACCCCGGACAAGGAGGUGCGAGUGAGUGUGAAAGCCCUGGCGGUCAGCUGUAUUGGUGCAGCCAGUGCAUUGCAUCCUGAAGCCUUCUUUAAUUCCCUCUACCUGGAGCCGCUGGAUGGUAUUCCAGUAGAAGAGCAGCAGUUUAUCAGUGAUGUGCUGGGCCUCAGCGAUCACGGGGACCCGCAGAUCAGAGGGGCUACAGCCAUCCUCUGUGGAGCCAUCAUACAGGCUGCACUCACCAAAAACCGUUACAACAUACACACCUGGCUGGCCAGUGUGCAGAGUGCAACAGGUAACCCUGUGUCCCUGGUGGAUUUGGUGCCUUUGCUCCGAAAAACUCUGAAAGAUGAGUCUUCCGUCACCUGCAAGAUGGCCUGCUCUGCAGUCAGGCACUGCAUCAUGACUGUGUGCAGCAGCACUCUGAGUGAGCUGGGCCUCCAGUUGGUGAUAGACCUGCUGGCUCUGAGGGACUCAUCCUAUUGGCUCGUUCGCACUGAGCUCUUGGAGACCCUGGCUGAGAUGGACUUCCGGUUAAUGAAUUUCCUGGAGAGAAAAACUGAGACUUUGCACAAAGGAGAUCAUCACUACACUGGGCGACUGCGGCUACAGGAGAGGGUUAUAAAUGAUGUCGUCGUCUUCCUGCUGGGAGACGAUGAUCCCAGAGUACGGCACAUCGCAGCCUCUGCUGUCAGCAGGCUAGUUCCCAGGUUGUUCUAUGACUGCGAUCAGGGCCAGGUUGACCCAAUAGUGGCCAUCGCCCGCGACCAGAGUUCAGUCUACCUGCAGCUCCUGAUGCAUGAGACACAACCGCCCUCCCAGUUCACAGUCAGCACAAUCACAAGGACGUAUCGAGGCUACAACCUGUCCAACACUGUGUCUGAUGUCACAAUGGAGAACAACUUGUCUCGAGUCGUCACCGCCGUCUCCCAUGCUUUCACCUCCUCUACCUCCAGAGCUCUGACUUUUGGCUGCUGCGAGGCGUUGUGCCUCCUGGCUUCAAAUUUUCCAGUGUGCAACUGGAACACAGGCUGGCACUGCGGCUAUGUUAGCUCUAAUAGCAGCUUUGCAUCUCGCUCUAGUCUGAACCGCAGCAGAGGCAGGGCCCUCAGUAUUUCACAGCCCAGCAAUGCUUCAGCUUCUUCGAACACCUCUUCAUCCACACCAGACACGGAGCGAAGAACUCUGACAGUAGGAAUGGCCAACAUGGUGCUCUCCUUACUGUCCUCCGCCUGGUUCCCACUGGAUCUAUCCGCGCACCAGGACGCCCUGAUGCUUUCUGGCAACCUGCUCGCUGCUGUGGCCCCUAAAUGCAUGCGCAACCCCUGGGCUGGAGAGGAGGAAGGCAGCAGCGGCAGCACAAACCCCAGCGGAGGCCCAAGUAAGCUGGAGGAACCCUGGGCAGCGCUAUCGGAGCGCUCCCUGGUGGCUAUGCUUGAGCAGCUUUUCUCCCACCUACUGAAGAUCCUCAACAUCUGUGCCCACGUGCUGGAUGACACGCCACCGGGACCAGCAGCUAAGGUGACUUUCCCCUCCCUGACCAACACCCCCUCCCUCAGUCCCAUCCGCAGGAAAGGCAAAGAGAAAGACGUUGCUGAGCCCAGUGCUGCCCCUAUGAGCCCAAAGAAAAGCAAUGAAGUCAACACAGGCAGACCAGCAGAUGGCACAGGUUCAGCAGCCGUAAACAAGUCUACCACACUCGGCAGCUUCUACCACCUGCCACCCUACCUCAAGCUCUAUGACGUCCUAAAAGCUACACACGCCAACUUCAAGGUGACGCUGGACCUCCACACUAGCCAGGAGAAAUUUGGAAGUUUCCUGCGUGCUACUUUAGACGUUCUGUCCCAGCUGCUGGAGCUGGCCACACUACAUGACAUCAGCAAGUGUGUGGAGGAAAUUUUGGGCUACCUCAAGUCCUGCUUCUCCAGAGAACCGACCAUGGCCACUGUUUGUGUACAGCAGCUGUUGAAAACGCUGUUUGGCACCAACCUGGCAUCCCAGUACGAGGGUGUCCUGAGUGGACCCAGUCGUUCUCAGGGCAAGGCUCUCCGUCUUGGCUCGUCCAGCCUGCGACCAGGCCUCUACCACUACUGCUUCAUGGCGCCAUACACACACUUCACACAGGCUCUGGCUGACGCCAGUCUCCGUAACAUGGUGCAGGCUGAACAAGAGCAGGACACAUCUGGAUGGUUUGAUGUGAUGCAAAAAGCGUCCACUCAGCUGAGGUCCAACAUCGCAAAUGCAACACGCAGAGGAGACAAGAAUGCCAUCCACAACCACAUUCGUCUGUUUGAACCGCUGGUGAUCAAAGCUUUGAAGCAGUACACCACCAGCACAUCUGUGGCCCUGCAGAGACAAGUGCUGGACCUGCUAGCCCAGCUCGUGCAGCUCCGAGUCAACUACUGUCUGCUGGAUUCAGAUCAGGUGUUCAUAGGGUUUGUCUUGAAGCAGUUUGAGUACAUUGAAGUGGGACAGUUUAGAGAUUCAGAGGCCAUCAUUCCCAACAUCUUUUUCUUCCUGGUGCUGCUGUCUUAUGAGCGUUACCACUCCAAGCAGAUAAUCAGCAUCCCCAAGAUCAUCCAGCUGUGUGACGGCAUCAUGGCCAGCGGCAGGAAAGCUGUCACACAUGCCAUUCCAGCCUUGCAGCCAAUCGUCCACGACUUGUUUGUCUUGAGGGGCUCCAACAAAGCAGAUGCAGGCAAAGAGCUGGAUACACAGAAAGAAGUGGUGGUGUCCAUGCUGCUCAGACUUGUACAGUACCAUCAGGUUUUGGAGAUGUUCAUCCUUGUACUGCAGCAGUGUCACAAAGAGAAUGAAGACAAAUGGAAGAGACUGUCCAGACAGAUCGCUGAUGUCAUACUUCCCAUGAUUGCCAAGCAGCAGAUGCAUCUGGACUCUCCUGAGGCGCUGGGAGUGUUGAACACUCUUUUUGAGAGUGUAGCACCUUCCUCUCUCAGGCCUGUAGACAUGCUGCUCAAGAGUAUGUUCACUACCCCGGCCAGCAUGGCAUCAGUAGCUACAGUCCAGCUGUGGGUGUCCGGUAUCCUGGCAGUGCUCAGAGUGCUGGUCUCCCAGUCCACUGAGGAUAUUGUCUUGUCACGGGUCCACGAGCUCUCCCUCUCCCCGCAUCUCCUUUCCUGCCACACAAUCCGCCGCCUCCAUCAGCAAAAUCCUUCUCCAAAUGACCCGUCCGCUGCUGACAUGCUGGUUAACCAGGAGUCUAAUGGCGAGGCGCAAAAAGUCCUGCCUGAGGAAACCUUUGCCAGGUUCCUGCUCCAGCUGGUGGGAGUGUUGCUUGAUGACAUUUCAUCCAGACAGGUUAAAGUGGACAUCACAGAGCAGCAGCACACCUUCUACUGCCAGCAGCUGGGCACACUGCUCAUGUGUCUAAUACAUGUCUUCAAAAGUGGGAUGUUUCGUAGGAUCACAGCUGCAGCCAGCCGCCUCCUGAAGGGUGAGGGUGGCAGUGGACAGACUGGCUCUGAGGCUGGUCUCUUCUACCCUUUAGAGGGUCUGAACAGCAUGGUGCAGUGCCUGAUCACCACCCACCCUUCACUGGUGCUGCUCUGGUGCCAGGUUCUCCUUAUCAUCGACUACACCAACUACUCCUGGUGGGCUGCGGUGCACCAGACACCCAGGAGACAGAGCCUCUCUUGCACAAAGCUGCUGAGCCCUCACUCCUCAGGGGAAGGUGAAGAGGACAAACCUGAGUCCCAGUUAUCCAUGGUCAACAGAGAGAUUGUACACAGGGGAGCCCUCAUCCUCUUCUGUGACUACGUGUGUCAGAACCUCCAUGACUCAGAGCAUCUGACAUGGCUGAUUGUCAACCACGUACGUGACCUCAUCAGCCUUUCCCAUGAGCCUCCAGUACAAGAUUUCAUCAGCGCUGUGCACCGAAACUCAGCUGCCAGCGGCCUCUUCAUCCAGGCCAUCCAGUCCCGCUGUGACAACCUCACUACUCCCACCAUGUUGAAGAAAACUCUGCAGUGUUUGGAAGGCAUCCACCUGAGCCAGUCUGGCUCCCUGCUGAUGCUGUACGUGGAUAAGCUGCUCAGCACACCCUUCAGGGUUCUGGCUCGUAUGGUUGACACACUGGCAUGCCGCAGAGUAGAGAUGCUGCUGGCUGAGACACUACAGAACAGUAUAGCUCAGCUGCCUGUGGAGGAACUGGACAGGAUCCAGGAAUACCUCCAGACCAGUGGCCUGGCUCAGAGGCAUCAGAGGUUUUACUCCCUGCUGGACAGGUUCAGAGCCACUGUUGCUGACACCAGCAGCCCCACCCCUCCUGUGACAUCACACCCCUUGGAUGGGGAUCCACCACCUGCACCUGAGCAGGUCAAUGCAGAUAAGGAGUGGUAUGUGGCUUUGGUAAAGUCUCAGUGCUGUCUUCGUGGAGAUGUUUCCCUGUUGGAGACAACGGAGCUCCUUACCAAACUACCUCCUGCUGAUCUUCUAAACGUUAUGAGCUGCAAGGAGUUCAACCUCAGUCUGCUGUGUCCAUGCCUGAGUAUGGGAGUGCAGCGGUUAGCGCGGGGUCAGGGGUCACUCCUGUUGGAGACAGCCUUGCAGGUGACCUUAGAGCAACUUGCAGGGGUUACACAGUCACUUCCUGCCCCGCACCAGUCCUUCCUGCCGCCUUCUCAGCCACAGCCGUACUGGGACCAGCUGGCGGCUGUGUAUGACAAGCCAGGUUUCUACCCCAGGGUCUUGUCGCUUUGUAGAGCUCUUUCCCAGUACCUGCUCAGUGUGAGCCAGCUGCCUUCCUCACUACAUAUCCCCUCUGACAAGGAACACCUCAUUACCACUUUCACCUGCACCGCCACAGAGGUGCUAGUAUGGCGUCUGCUCCAGGAUCACUUACCCCUGAGUGUGGACCUGCAGUGGGCUCUGUCCUGCCUUUGCCUGGCUCUGCAGAAGCCCUGCGUUUGGAACAAACUCUCCACCCCAGAGUACACUACGCACACCUGCUCCCUCAUCUACUGCCUACGCCUCAUUAUGGUUGCAGUGGCUGUGAGUCCUGGAGACCAGCUUCUGCAUCCAGAGAAGAAGAAGACAAAGGCGGAGAGAGACGCUGAAGAUGACGAAGUGGACUCACCACACGCUGGCCACAUGUGCGAGUGGCAAGCAUGUGAGAUCAUGGCGGAGCUGGUGGAAGGCCUGCAGAGUAUCCUCUCCCUGGGUCACCAUAGAAACAGUGCAAUCCCCGCUUUUCUCACUCCAACUUUGCGCAACAUUGUGAUCAGUUUGUCCCGACUGCCUUUAGUCAACAGCUUCACCCGAGUACCUCCACUGGUUUGGAAACUGGGCUGGUCCCCACAGCCAGGAGGAGAGUUCGGCACAACGCUGCCUGAGAUCCCUGUGGACUUCCUGCAGGAAAAGGAUGUCUUCAGAGAGUUCCUCUACCGCAUUAACACACUGGGCUGGAGUAGCAGGACUCAGUUUGAGGAGACCUGGGCUACUCUGUUGGGGGUGCUGGUCACCCAACCAAUCACGAUGGACCAGGAAGAAGAGACGCAGCAGGAGGAGGACUUGGAGCGUACCCAGUUGAAUGUGUUGGCAGUGCAGGCCAUCACCAGCCUGGUGCUGAGUGCCAUGACUCUGCCCACUGCUGGCAACCCUGCAGUCAGCUGUCUGGAACAGCAGCCCCGCAACAAGAGCCUCAAGGCCCUGGAAACACGAUUUGGAAGGAAACUUGCAGUAAUCAGGGGUGAGGUAGAGAGAGAAAUUCAGGCUCUUGUGUCUAAGAGAGACAAUGUCCACACACAUCAUCCCUACCACGCCUGGGACCCUGUGCCCUCGCUGUCAGCAGCCUCUGCAGGUACACUGAUCAGCCACGAGAAGCUGCUGCUUCAGAUCAACACAGAGAGGGAGAUGGGCAACAUGGACUACAAACUGGGACAGGUCUCCAUCCAUUCAGUGUGGCUAGGCAACAACAUCACCCCACUGAGGGAGGAAGAAUGGGGUGAGGAUGAAGAAGAUGAAGCAGACACUCCAGCACCCACCUCCCCGCCCAUGUCUCCUAUUAACUCCAGGAAGCACCGCGCAGGUGUGGACAUUCAUUCAUGUUCCCAGUUUCUUCUGGAGCUGUACAGCCAGUGGCUGAUCCCCGGCUCCCCGAAUAACAGGAAGACUCCGACCAUACUCGUCAGUGAAGUGGUCCGAUCGCUGCUGGCAGUGUCGGACUUGUUCACAGAGAGGAACCAGUUUGACAUGAUGUUCUCCACCCUGAUGGAACUGCAGAAGCUCCAUCCGCCUGAGGAUGAGAUCCUCAAUCAGUACCUGGUGCCUGCCAUCUGCAAGGCAGCUGCUGUGUUGGGCAUGGACAAAGCAAUAGCUGAGCCUGUGUGUCGCCUGUUGGAGACGACCCUGCGCAGCACCCACCUGCCUAGCCGCAUGGGGGCUCUGCAUGGAGUUCUGUAUGUGUUGGAGUGUGACCUGCUGGAUGACACGGCCAAACAGCUGAUCCCUACCAUCUCUGAGUACCUGCUGUCCAACCUCAGGGCUAUCGCUCACUGUGUGAACCUGCAUAACCAGCAGCAUGUGUUAGUGAUGUGUGCAGUGGCCUUCUACAUGAUGGAGAACUACCCUCUGGAUGUAGGAACUGAGUUCAUGGCUGGAAUUAUACAGCUGUGCGGUGUGAUGGUGUCGGCCAGCGAGGACUCCACUCCCUCCGUCAUCUAUCACUGCGUGCUGCGGGGUCUGGAGCGCCUCCUGCUGUCGGAGCAGCUGUCACGCGUGGAUGGAGAAGCGCUCGUCAAACUGAGCGUGGACAGAGUGAACAUGCCGUCCCCGCACAGAGCCAUGGCUGCUCUGGGCCUCAUGCUCACCUGCAUGUACACUGGAAAGGAGAAAGCCAGCCCCGCCAGUCGCCCCACCCACUCUGACCCUCAGGCCCCAGACAGCGAGUCGAUCAUUGUUGCCAUGGAGAGGGUCUCGGUGCUCUUCGACAGGAUCAGGAAGGGUUUACCCAGCGAGGCUCGAGUGGUGUCCAGGAUCCUGCCUCAGUUUCUGGACGACUUCUUCCCGCCGCAGGACGUCAUGAACAAGGUCAUCGGCGAGUUUCUGUCCAAUCAGCAGCCCUAUCCGCAAUUCAUGGCCACCGUCGUCUACAAGGUUUUCCAGACACUCCAUGCCACAGGACAGUCAUCUAUGGUGCGAGACUGGGUGCUGCUGUCCUUGUCAAACUUCACCCAAAGGACACCGGUAGCCAUGGCCAUGUGGAGCCUCUCCUGCUUCUUCGUCUCUGCUUCCACCUCCCAGUGGAUCUCAGCCCUAUUGCCACAUGUGAUCAGCCGAAUGGGCUCCAGCGAGGUUGUGGACGUCAACCUGUUCUGCCUGGUGGCCAUGGACUUCUACAGGCACCAGAUUGACGAGGAGCUGGACCGCAGGGCUUUCCAGUCCGUCUUUGAGACCGUGGCGUCACCAGGCAGCCCUUAUUACCAGCUGCUUGGCUGCCUGAAGUGCAUCCACCAGGAUACAUCACUCUGAGGGCAGCAGACUGAGAUAGACAUGGAGGCAAAGAGAGUAGGUGGGGAGGGGUGAAGCACCGGGGAGAAAAGUGGAUUAGAUUGUGGUAGGGGGAGAAAUGAGCUCGCCGCAUACACCUCAAGCUGAGACGGAAGGGAGAAAAAGAAUGUCAUUAGAUUAAUCUACUGUAGCCUCGUCCCUUCCCUCUUUUUUUCCUUUUCUUCUUUUUUCUUUUUGUUCACCGAUCUGAAACGAGAACUACUGAUGUCACCACCAUGAAUUCAGUAAAGUCAAUCUGUGUAACUAUUAUGGUGUGUAAAUGUAAAAAAUUCUUCUCUGAAUAAGAAGAGUGAGAUAUGAAGGACACUGGCUGCAAAACCCCUCAAACUGUGGUUCUGCCUACAACCACACAUCCCCUUCUCCCCCCUCGCCCUCCCCCCACAGAGCAUUCCUCGAGAAGAACGACAGCACCUUUUUUGAACACUUCCUCCUACCCAGCACCUUGAUUACAAAAAACAUAUAAAGAUAAACAUUAAUCAAAAAUUUAGAUUUAUUUUCCUGUGAGGACUUGCUUGAGUAUUGUGAUCGGUGAAGUAAAAUAGAGGAGAAAAAAAAUAGAAAAUGCAAAGUAUUUACUAUAUUUCAAGUUUCAAUGCAUCUAUUUUUCAGUGCUUUUUUGUUUCACUAGUCCUUAAGGUCUGGUUAGGAAACUGACAAUGGGCUGACUCAGCAGAUGUAGUCAGAUAUGCCUGCUUAAUGUUGUCAAUACUUAGUAUCUUUGGAGACUUUUUUUUUUUUUUUUGUAAUUAAAUAUUUAAUUUGUGGUCAUUAUGUGACACACAGAGUGAGUUAAAUAGUCAAAUAUUUUAUGUGUAAGAAUGAUCACUAAUAGCCAUAGUAAUUUGUUUUCAAGAUAAUGAGGAGCCAGGGGAUGGAUGUUGCAAAUGUGUUUGUCACUGCAAAAAAAAGGUGACUUUGCACACAUUUCAAGCAAGUUGUAACAAUUCAUGUAUUUGUGCAGCGGCCUAUUGAGGAGAGAACAAAGAACUAGACAGGUAUAUAUUCAUUUUCUGCCGUUUUCCAAAAUUCUACGUAGUUUUUAAUAGUUUAAGGGCCCAUAUACAGUAUCAAAACUUGACUCAGUGAAAACUGAGCAAGAAAAAUACCAAAAUUGCAGUGUUUAUUUUAAUUUUUUAUCUGUAGCAGAGGGGAGAAAACAUUUCCCCUCAUGAUUUUAUGAUAAUGCUCAUCUGUCUAGUCCUUUUUAAAUUUGCUUUGAGUCUUGUAUGAUGAUGACUCCUCCUCCUCCAGUGCACCUGAAUGAUUCCACCUGUCCAUUUCCUGUACUUUUUUAAUUCUCAGGAUGUAAGAUGUGAUUAUUAUUGUUGUAAUAAGACAAAGUACAGUCAUCUAUAAAUGGAGUUACCUUCGUAUCUUGUAAAAAGUAAUUGUAAAGUAAUAUGAAAGCCAUGGUGCAUGAUGAGAACUGUGUAAAGACGAGAGAUCUUUAAACUGACAGUAAGAUAAUGAAGAUAAUGUGAUGCCAUUUUUUUCUUUUCUGUCUGUCCGUUUUAACACAUACACAUAUAUGAUCAAAAAAAAAGAAUCAGUGAAUCAGAAGACCGCAGAAUGCAGAAAGCAGCAAGCUUCUAGUGUUUUAAUGAAGACUUGACCCUGAGUUGCCUGGGAGCGUGCUGGGCUUCGUUACUUUGUACAUACACUUGCCUUAGAUAAAGACUGAAUAUAUGUAUGUCCUGUACACUGAAAGCAUGCUUAGCAUUACUGCUAUUUUCUUGCAUAGUCCUUAAUACUGUAUUUACAUGGGUACUGUUGUAGUGGAGGAGAUGCAACACAAUCCAAAGGGAGCCUUGUAACCUUAGCAACCAACAGCAGCUUUGACAAAUCAACAGAGGAGGAAGUGUAGCGUAGUGACGCCACGGGGCAGCAGGAGUUUUCUGUUUUUGUUGAGCUUUAAAUAUUAUUAUUUUUGUCUCUUAAGGAUGAGUAAAUAUUUCAUCAUUCAUUGUCUUUGUGCAGAAUAUUAAAUACACCUAGCACUUAAAAACUUGAACUUCUUCUCAUGUUGAUGUUAGGCGCUUUCUGGAUAUGCAAUGAGUUCUACAAUACAUAAAAGUAAAAAAAAACAUCACAGUGAUUUGUUUGCUAAAUAUGUUCCAACUUUCUAGCCUUAAAGGCAAUGCCACUUGUUUCCUUUGAUCCUCUAAGUUAAUGUAUUCACACAAUAAAUGACUUGGCAGAC